GGUGGUGGGGGGUGUGUGUGUGUGUGUGUGUGUGUUUGGUGUGUGUUGGUUGCGCCGCUCUGCUGGAGCACCGAGGGUAGGAGGAAGAGGGAGGCAGUCAGCUAGCCGAUCUGGUCCUCCGUGAAUGUCCGUCAUUUCGGGUCUGUCGUGACUUAGGCGGGUUCGAUGGGCGUGGCGUGGCGCGCGUGCGCGAAACCACUUUCUCCGCAGAGUCUGGCGCGACCCUCGCUCUCUCGUUGUCCCAGGGUUUGCGACUUCUCGGGCGCUUGUCCUAUCGCCACCGGUGAUGAUACUGGUCUUGUGUUUCCUUCCUUCCCUGCUUCCUAGCCCAACUGGCCCUCCCUUAUUGUGAUUGGCAUCGUGGAACCCCUCCCACCUGCCGUCCUCCAGCUCCCUGUGCAGUCUAUCUUUGCCCUUUGUGUUUCUCACCCUGUGCCCCGGAAUCUGAAGGGGGAUGGGGGCGGGUGUGAGUGUGUGUGCUUGUGUGGGAGAAACUCUUUAGGUAUUGGGGCGGAGUCUCGGGCCGGGGAGGCUUCCGGGUGUAUAAAAAUAUGCUCUGGGCGACAGCGGACCUCCCUCCUAACAUUCUUCCUUAGAGAGCUGUCGGCCAUGGAGCCCAGUGAUAGUACCAGUACCACUAUGGAGGAACCUGACAGCUUGGAGGUGCUGGUGAAGACCCUGGACUCUCAGACCCGGACCUUUAUUGUGGGGUCCCAGAUGAAUGUAAAGGAGUUUAAGGAGCACAUUGCUGCCUCUGUCAGCAUCCCAUCUGAGAAACAACGGCUUAUCUACCAGGGACGAGUUCUGCAGGAUGAUAAGAAGCUCCAGGAAUAUAAUGUUGGGGGAAAGGUUAUCCACCUUGUGGAACGUGCUCCUCCUCAGACUCAGCUCCCUUCUGGAGCAUCUUCUGGAACAGGGUCUGCCUCAGCCACCCAUGGUGGGGGACCCCCACCUGGUACUCGGGGGCCUGGGGCCUCUGUUCAUGACCGGAAUGCCAACAGCUAUGUCAUGGUUGGAACCUUCAAUCUUCCUAGUGACGGCUCUGCUGUGGAUGUUCACAUCAACAUGGAACAGGCCCCGAUUCAGAGUGAGCCCCGAGUACGGCUGGUGAUGGCUCAGCACAUGAUCCGGGAUAUACAGACCUUACUAUCCCGGAUGGAGUGUCGAGGGGGGCCCCAAGCCCAGCACAGUCAGCCGCCGCCACAGAUGCCAGCUGCGGCCCCGGAGCCAGUAGCCUUGAGCUCUCCAACGUCAGAACCGGUCGAAAGUGAAGUGCCUCCUCGGGAGCCCAUGGAGGCGGAAGAAGUGGAGGAGCGUGCACCUGCUGCUCAGAGCCCAGAGCUCACCCCUUCUGGCCCAGCCCCAGCGGGCCCAGCACCUGCCCCAGAGACAAAUGCACCCAACCAUCCUUCCCCUGCGGAGUAUGUCGAGGUGCUUCAGGAGCUGCAGCGGCUUGAGAGCCGCCUCCAGCCCUUCCUGCAGCGCUACUAUGAGGUUCUGGGUGCCGCUGCCACUACGGACUACAACAACAAUCAAGAGGGCCGUGAAGAGGAUCAGCGCUUGAUCAACUUGGUGGGGGAGAGCCUGCGGCUGCUGGGCAACACCUUUGUGGCGCUGUCUGAUCUGCGUUGCAAUCUGGCCUGUGCGCCCCCCCGUCACCUGCAUGUGGUCCGGCCCAUGUCUCACUACACCACCCCCAUGGUGCUCCAGCAGGCAGCCAUCCCCAUCCAGAUCAACGUGGGCACCACCGUGACCAUGACGGGGAAUGGAACUCGGCCCCCCCCGACUCCCAGUGCGGAGGCACCUCCGCCUGGUCCUGGGCAGGCCUCGUCCCUGGCCCCCUCUUCUACCACCGUCGAGUCUUCGACUGAGGGGGCUCCCCCGCCAGGGCCAGCUCCCCCCCCGACCGCCAGCCACCCGAGGGUCAUCCGGAUUUCCCACCAGAGUGUGGAACCCGUGGUCAUGAUGCACAUGAACAUUCAAGGCUCCACCCUCAUCCAGCUGCCCUCCCUGCCCCCUGAGUUCAUGCACGCCGUCGCCCACCAGAUCACACAUCAGGCCAUAGUGGCAGCUGUUGCCUCCAUGGCCGCAGGACAGCAGGUGCCGGGCUUCCCGACAGCUCCCACGCGGGUGGUGAUUGCCCGGCCCACCCCUCCGCAGGCUCGGCCUUCCCAUCCUGGGGGGCCCCCAGUCUCUGGGGCUCUGCCGGGUGCUGGGCUGGGUACCAAUGCCUCUUUAGCCCAGAUGGUGAGCGGCCUCGUGGGGCAGCUUCUUAUGCAGCCUGUCCUUGUGGCUCAGGGGACCCCAGGAAUGGCUCCACCUCCAGCACCUGCCACUGCGUCAGCCAGUGCCGGCACCACCAACACAGCUACCACGGCUGGCCCUGCCCCUGGGGGGCCCGCCCAGCCUCCACCCCCUCAACCCUCCGCCUCUGAUCUUCAGUUCUCUCAGCUCCUGGGGAACCUGCUGGGGCCUGCAGGGCCAGGGGCUGGAGGGCCUGGCAUGGCUUCUCCCACCAUUACUGUGGCGAUGCCUGGUGUCCCUGCCUUUCUCCAGGGCAUGACUGAUUUCUUGCAGGCAACACAAACGGGCGCUCCCCCCCCUCCGCCACCUCCACCCCCACCCCCGCCUCCAGCUCCAGAGCAGCAGACAGCGCCCCCACCAGGGUCCCCUUCGGGUGGCGCAGGAAGUCCUGGAGGCCUGGGUCCUGAGAGCCUGCCGCUGGAGUUUUUCACCUCAGUGGUGCAGGGUGUGCUGAGUUCCCUGCUGGGCUCCCUGGGGGCUCGGGCUGGCAGCAGUGAAAGUAUUGCUGCUUUCAUACAACGCCUCAGUGGAUCCAGCAACAUCUUUGAGCCUGGGGCUGAUGGGGCUCUCGGAUUCUUUGGGGCCCUGCUCUCUCUUCUGUGCCAGAACUUUUCCAUGGUGGAUGUGGUGAUGCUUCUCCAUGGGCAUUUCCAGCCACUGCAGCGGCUGCAGCCCCAGCUGCGAUCUUUCUUCCACCAGCACUACCUGGGUGGCCAGGAGCCCACAGCUGGUAACAUCCGGACGGCAACCCACACAUUGAUCACAGGGCUAGAAGAAUACGUGCGGGAGAGUUUUUCUUUGGUACAAGUUCAGCCAGGUGUGGACAUCAUCCGGACAAACCUGGAAUUUCUCCAAGAGCAAUUCAAUAGCAUUGCUGCUCACGUGAUGCACUGCACAGACAGCGGAUUUGGGGCCCGUUUGCUGGAGCUGUGUAACCAGGGCCUGUUUGAAUGCCUGGCCCUGAACUUGCACUGCUUGGGGGGACAGCAGAUGGAGCUUGCUGCUGUCAUCAAUGGCCGAAUUCGUCGCAUGUCUCGUGGAGUGAAUCCGUCAUUGGUGAGCUGGCUGACCACUAUGAUGGGACUAAGGCUUCAGGUGGUACUGGAGCACAUGCCUGUAGGCCCUGAUGCCAUCCUCAGAUAUGUUCGCAGGGUUGGUGAUCCCCCCCAGACACUUUCUGAGGAGCCAAUGGAAGUUCAGGGAUCAGAAAGAACUUCCCCUGAGCCUCAGCGGGAGAAUGCUUCCCCAGCCCCUGGAACAACAGCAGAAGAGGCCAUGUCCCGAGGUCCACCUCCUGCUCCUGAGGGGGGUUCCCGAGACGAACAGGAUGGAGCUUCAGCUGAGACAGAACCUUGGGCAGCUGCAGUCCCCCCAGAAUGGGUCCCUAUCAUCCAGCAGGACAUUCAGAGCCAGCGGAAGGUGAAACCGCAGCCCCCCCUGAGCGAUGCCUACCUCAGUGGUAUGCCUGCCAAGAGACGCAAGACGAUGCAGGGUGAGGGCCCCCAGCUGCUUCUCUCAGAGGCCGUGAGCCGGGCAGCUAAGGCAGCCGGAGCUCGGCCCCUGACGAGCCCCGAGAGCCUGAGCCGGGACCUGGAGGCACCAGAGGUUCAGGAGAGCUACAGGCAGCAGCUCCGGGCUGAUAUACAAAAGCGACUGCAGGAGGACCCUAACUACAGCCCCCAGCGCUUCCCUAAUGCCCAGAGGGCCUUUGCUGACGAUCCCUAGCUCUUUGCUCCAUGGCCCUUCAUCAUCAGGGGACCAUUUCCCCCUUCCUCCUUCACAGUAUUUAAGAAAUAAAGUCAGAUUUUCCUGGC